AGACAUUCGAUCAGAGCCAUCAUGCAGAUGCCGACAAGUUGGAGAUGAGAACACGUGACCAGGUUCCUGUACACGUAAGCGAAGUUUUUUCGCCCAAAAACGUAAAUGUCUGCAUUCCUCAAGUUGAUAGCGUUCCAGAAGAAUUGUUCAGAAGAUACACAGAUACCGACUCUAGACCCCAAACCCCAGCACCGACUCUUGCCAGCGGUACUACCAGAGCUUCUGAUGCCAGAAGGUGUUUCACGCCUGAUCCCUUUCCCAGCAACGAGAUCAGAGAAAAAACGCAACUCAUUCUGGAUUUGAGGCGGAGCCACAGUCAGGAAAACCUUUCAUGUCAAGAAAGCAUACUCUUUGAUCCACCAAUUAUUCGUAUUCAACAAGUUUCAACAAGACCGCCGAGCUUGGAAGAAUCGAAGGUAGAGAAAUCAAAAAUUUCGAAACCAUUUUCGAAUAAGGAAAGUAAUUCCUCGAAGCGACCGGAAAGUGUGAAAAAAGUGGAAAAUGUUGAUCAGACUGGGAAAAACCUCGAAGAAGAUAAGAACAACACCGACGAAGAAGAAGAUACUGAAUUUAUCAAAAGACGUGGAAAAAGGCGUAGGAAGAAAGGCUCGGAUGCUUCGAAGGGUCCGACUACGUAUCAGGCUUCUUUAGACCCGGAAACACAGGUUGGUACUAUCGGUCCGGAAUCUCGCAACCCCAGUGCCAGGCAUUCGAUGACACCCGAACAUUUCUCGGGGGUGGAAAACGCUUGCGAAGAGAUGAAAAAGAAGGGUGUUCCGGCCAGGAUGUCUUCCGCUUCGGACGUGCAAUCUUACUUGGACGCCGACAUAUUGAAACUUCUCAGGAGGGAGUUGAACGAGAGAGUUGUCGAUUCAGAGCUCGAUUACAAGAGACGGAAAGCCUUGGAAGAAGCGCUGAGAACCCUCGUGAAGGGAAGACCCGUGUGCGAUGAGCUGCUGAAAUUGCAAAAGGAACUGAGAAUCCCACCGGUGAAUGCGAACCUUUGGAUAUCGUUACCUAGAACGUUCACUAGAUCCAGCGCCAUAUUUCAGCUGCCCAUGGACAGUAGAACGCUCAGUACGUUGACUCCUAUAGAAUACUUAAGGGAUAAUGUUCAGAUAACAUCUGCUAGAAAACUUUUGUAUAAUUGCAUUUUCGACCAAUGGAAAAUGGAAAUGGAAGACGAUGUGGAUUAUGAACGGCAAAUUCUGGGAAAGGAAUUACAGUCGUGCCUGAAUUUGGUGAUGGGCAAACUUCUCACUUGCGAACAAUACGAAUAUUUCAAAAAAAUUGUGAACGUGCAAGACACCGAAAUAUUACAUUUCAAAGAGUGCUGUGGCAUUUUCGCGCUCUGCGAAAGGCUGUUGGCCCCUCAGUUUUGCCCGCAACUGCCUGACAGGAAAUCCGAUCCUUGUCAUGAGAUAGAGAAUGCAGAUUUCGCGAUGUUGCAAAGAAAACUAGAUGGACGACAGAUCAGUGAGAAUUUAAAAGAAAUUUUGCUGUUGAUUAAAAGUUUGUGAGUCAAUCCUGAUUGCCAAAGUUUUUAUUUCCCAUUUCUCCUUACUAUAACCAUAGACUACAGAAGAUGAACUAUUUUAGUAAUCUUUGCUAUAACCCGAGCUAUAACCUAUGUUGUCUUGUAAUUCUUAUAAAAAAAUAUAAUUACUUUUUGUAACUCGCUAG